UAGCUCUUCAAUCCAGUCUAUUCCUACUGCCUAUUACUGCCUACUGUAGUAUACUAUAAUUACUCCUAUUCCGGUGAAGCGUUACUGUACGCAUCAAAAAGUUAGAACUCAGCUCGGCCAAGAUCACGAGUUCCUUAAUAGGCGCACGGCCGCAUUUGCAAUGAUGCUUUUCAGAGCACUCCUGAUGCUCUCCCUCCUGGUUCUUGGGGUGCUUGGGCUGAGGGUUCCUAGGUCGCCUGAUAAGAAAGUGAAUGAUACGUUUCCUGAUCUUUUGGAUGCUGGUACCGAUGAUCUGAUGAAAGGGCUGAAGCAGAAGCAUUUCACCAGUGUUGAUCUUGUCAAGGCUUACCUUAAACGCAUCCAGGAAGUUCAGCCGCAACUCCAUGCAGUCACGGAGAUAAAUCCAGAUGCCAUUUCUAUUGCGCAGACUCUCGAUGCUGAGAGGGCCCAGGGUAAACUUCGAAGCGCCCUUCAUGGCCUCCCAAUGCUAGUCAAGGACAACAUCGCCACCAAUGACAAGAUGAACAACUCAGCCGGUUCCUUCGCCCUCCUUGGUGCAAAGGUUCCGCGGGAUUCAACCGUGGUUGCUAAACUCAAAGCCGCUGGCGUCAUCAUCCUCGGCAAAUCCAGCAUGUCCGAGUGGGCCAACUUCCGUUCUGGCUCUGGGAAUGCCUGCAACGGCUGGAGCGCCUAUGGUGGGCAGGUGCUUGGUGCGUAUGCUACGGGCCAAGACCCGAGCGGGAGCUCGAGUGGAAGCGCUGUCGGGGCGUCCCUUGGACUGGCCUUUGCGACGCUCGGGACCGAAACAGGCGGCAGCAUCAUCUCCCCCGGCAGCGUCAACAACGCCGUCGGAAUCAAGCCGACUGUAGGCCUCACAUCGCGCUCCCUUGUCAUCCCCAUCAGCGAGCGUCAGGACACCAUCGGGCCCCUCGCUCGCACAGUCACCGACGCAGCCCAUGUUCUCAACAUCAUCGCUGGUAAAGACCCUAGCGACUCGUACACCAACGCGCAGCCGUUCUCCCAACCCCCCAACUACACCAAAUCCCUGAAAAAGAACAGCCUGAAGGGAAAGCGUAUCGGCAUCCCGCGUAACGCCUUUCUGCCCACCGGGGAUUCCAACUUCGACGCACCCAUCAUGGCUGCCUUCGAGGCCGCCAUCAUGGAACUUAAAGCUGCUGGCGCAACCAUCAUCGACAACGCCAACUUCUCGCAGUGGGAGGAGUACUACAACUCCUCCGUCACCUCCUACGGCGCCGUCAAAACUGUCGUCGCCGUCGACUUCAUCACCAACCUCCCGCAGUACUUCACCCAACUGACCACGAACCCAAACAACAUCACCUCCCUCAGGGCGCUGCGCGACUUCACGCAGCACGACCCGCGCGAGAACUUCCCCACUCGCAACACUGAUAUCUUUGACGCAGCGCUAACUAUAACCGGAGAUAAUACAGCGCCAGGCUUCCAGGCUUUGGCGAACCAGACACACGCGUGGGGGACGUCUGGCGGGGUGACGGGGGCGCUGGACACGUACCGGCUGGACGCGCUGGUGAUGCCGAGCAUGUACGCCCCAUGGGUGCCGGCGCUGGCGGGCCUGCCGAUAGUGACGGUCCCUAUGGGAAAGUAUCCCGCUGGGACGCAGGUGCAGCGGCUAGGAGCGUGUGGGUUGGUGGCGGUGGCUCCGAAUGUGCCGAUUGGGCUGUCUUUUUUGGGGGCGGCGUGGAGUGAGGAGGCGCUUAUCGGGUGUGCAUUUGCAUAUGAGCAACGCACGUUGGUGAGGGAGAAGGUGAGGCCGAUUGUGGUGCCGAGGACGCAAUUGGAGGAUGUGGUGGAUCAAUAGCGGCAUGGAUGAGAUGAGGACUUGGCUGGUAGCACAAAACCACACCUGCAUUACAUAGCUUGGUGUAGGAGAUAUAAAAGCGCAACAUCCCCCACGCAUAUUCAAGGCUGCGUCUCUCGUCACCUUUCCCCGUCUGCAGCCACAAAAACUUAGGCACCUCUCCGGCUUGUUGCCAACACCACGUGCGAUCAACCCCUUCGGUGCUGUGAUGAAAGACUGAUAAAAGAUGUGCAUUUAUUGCACAGUUUGCGCUGUCGAUCACAGUUCGCUGGACAUCAUGUUGUCACUCGGUCGGUGGCGGUCGGAUUGGGGAAGCCGUGGAUGGUGGGGGGAUGGUCCGGGGGUCAUAGAAUGCAG